UAUAAACAUGUCGAUGCUAUUACCCUGUAGGUCAAGAAUUAAACCUUCUCUUCUACUUUUCUAAUUAAACUAAAUAAUUUUGUUUAAUUUUUUCAAUUAAUACAAAUUCCAUAGCAAUGGCUUGCAGUGGACAGCUUCAUGUGGAGGUUGAGCUCAAGUCUCUUGCAGAAAAGGUCUGGGAAACCAUUAGGGACUCUACCAAAAUAUUUCCUCAAGCCUUGUCCCAUGAUUACAAGAGCAUUGAAGUGCUCGAGGGCGAUGGCAAGGCCCCCGGAUCCAUCCGCCUUAUCAAUUAUGCUGAAGGUUCUCCAAUCGUUAAGGUUUCAAAGGAGAGAAUUGAAUCAGUGGAUGAAGCUCAGAAGAUAUAUGUUUACAGCAUCUUUGAUGGGGAUCUCAUGAAAUACUACAAGACUUUCAUUGCUAAGAUCAAUGUGAUUCCCAAAGGAGAGUCGAGCUUGGUUAAAUGGUCUUGUGAAUUUGAGAAGGCCAGUGAAGAGAUCCCUGACCCAAGCGUCAUUAAGGAAUUUGCGGUGAAAAACUUCGUGGAGAUCGAUGACUAUCUUCACACCAAGGCUUAGAGGCCAGCUCUCCUAUUAGCUUGUCAUAUAUAUAUAUAUAUGUUUUAUUAAUGAAUAAUAUGCGGGGUUUCUACUCCUGAAUAUUAGUUGUCUGUUAUUCUAGACGUUUCAAUGCAUCCGUGAUAGAAUAAAUUACUGAUAUUGCCAUACUGGACAUCUUUUACUCUUUUUUUUUUUUCAAGAAUAAAAUUUGUAACUUAAGUUAUCCGGGAA